AUGGUGAAACAUAGUCAUGGUUCAACAAUUUCUUCUAUUUCUAUUUUGUGUCAAGAACAAUCAAAUUUUCACCCUAGUGGUAUCUUUUAUGGUGACAAUCCCUUAACUCACUCCUUCUCAAUACUUAUGUUCCACCUCAUUCUUAUUACCACCAUCACACGUAUUUUUCGUUUUCUUCUUAAGCCUUUCAAACAACCUAUAAUCAUUUCUCAAAUACUUGGUGGUGUCAUUGUUGGACCAUCCUUUCUAGGACGAAGUAAAUGGUAUCAUCGACACGUGAAACCCGAGGCGGCGCAAUUCCUAAUGAACAACCUAGGAAUUAUGGGGUUCAUGUUCUUUGUAUUUGUCUAUGGUGUAAAAAUGGAUCCAAGCUUAUUGAAAAAAUCUGGAAAAAUGCAUGUAUCAAUAGCAUUAACAAGCAUAACAAUUCCAACAUUAUUAGUAUAUAUUGUAGCACUAAGUUUAAGAAAACAAAUGGACAAAGAAUUAAGUGCAAUUUCAUCAAUAGGAGUAAUAGCCGGAUACUUAGGAAUAACAGCGUUUCCUGUUUUAUAUCAUGUCCUGAAAGAGCUUAACCUUCUAAACUCGGACGUGGGUCGAUUUGCAUUAUCGACCGCAUUAAUCGGAGACUCAAUUGGAAUGGGUAGCAUAUUAGCAUUUGAAGCAGAAAGACAAGGACAAACAAGAACAGAGAAUGCUUUUUGGUUUAUGCUUUCAGCUAUAGCUUUAGCAACACUUUUGUUAUGUUGUGUUAGACCAGCAAUGAUAUGGAUUAAUAACAAAACACCAGAAGGACAACCAGUGGAUCAAUCUUUUAUUGUUGCAAUUCUUUUAGGGAUUUUUGUGAUGGGCUUUAUAACUGACAUGUUUGGUAUAGCAAUUGUUAAUGGGCCAUUGUGGUUGGGCUUAGCUGUUCCUGAUGGGCCUGGUUUAGGAGCAACAUUAGUGCAUAGGAGUAAGACUUUUAUGAAUGAGUUUCUUAUGCCAUUUUCUUUCAUUUUGGUUGGACAAUAUGUUGAUUUUUUUGCAUUGGGAGGUUCUGAAUGGAAAAGCUUGAAACCUUUGUUUUUCAUGGUUUUGACUGGUUACUUGGCUAAAUUCUUUGUUACUUGGAUGGUGGCAAUGUAUUGGCGUAUGCCUUUUAGAGAUGGAUUAACUUUUAGCCUCAUUAUGAGCUUAAGAGGACAAGUUGAACUUAUCUUGUUUGUGCAUUUGAUGGACAAAAAGGUCAUCAAUGUACCAGGCUUCACAUUAUUGGUAUUAAUGACAAUGGUAUUGACAGCAACUUUCACUCCUCUAGUCUCCAUUAUAUAUGAUCCAACAAGACCAUACAUAUUGAACCAAAGAAGGAACAUUCAACACAAUCCACAAGGUGUAGAACUCAGAAUAAUUUUAUGCAUUUUCGACACCGAAAAUACGAAUGGAUUACUCCAUCUACUUGAUGUUACCAACCCAACCUCAACCACCUCAAUUUCAGUUUCUUGUCUUAGACUAAUUCAGCUUGCGGGCCGUGCUACCCCUUUAUUCAUCGAUCACGCGAAACAAGAAGUUCCUCCAAUAUAUCAAUGGACACACACCAUAAAUGUACUUGGAAGUUUCCAACAUAUCAGAAGAGAGUUUAUGAAAAUCCAAUUUUUCACUGCCGUGGCUCCCAAGCAAUCAAUGUUCCAAAACAUAUGCGAACUUGCGCUCGAACAAGAAGCGUCACUAAUCAUCUUGCCUUUCAUGAAUAGAGGAUUUUAUGACCAUGGAACAAGAAGAACGGCGAAUUCACAAGUCUUGAAUCAUGCACCUUGUUCUAUUGCAAUUCUUGUUGACAAAGGUAAUCUUCAUAUUACCACGGUAGGAAAUUCGACGCAGCAGCCUAGAAAUCGGUUUGCCGUGUUGUUUCUUGGAGGUGCUGAUGCUAGAGAAGCACUUGUUUAUGCAGAUAGGAUGGUUGCGAGCGAAGAUGUAUCGCUUACCGUUAUACGGUUUCUUUCUUACAACAAUGUAGGGGAUAAUGAAAGGGAGAAGAAGCUUGAUGAUGGAAUUGUGACAUGGUUUUGGGUGAAGAAUGAGAUGAAUAGUAGAGUUGUGUAUAGAGAGGUUGUGGUUAGGAAUGGUGAAGAAACCAUUGGAGCAAUUCAAGAUAUGAAUGAUGGUGAUUAUGAUCUUUUGAUAGUUGGAAGAAAACAUGGGAUUAACCCUGCUAUUCUUACAGGGUUAUCUGAAUGGAGUGAAAGUGAUGAGUUAGGACUUAUUGGUGAUUAUGUUAGUUCUAGAGAUUUUGAUGGCUCAGCUUCUGUUUUAGUGGUACAACAACAAGUCCUAAGAGGUUAA